AUUCGACUCUGAAAUAGUUUGAGAGAGAAGGUUUAUUAAUGACGACAGAUAAGCACAGCAGCUGUUCAUGCAGUCUGAACACAGCACACGCCACGGACACGCUCCCAGUUUACAGGAGAACAGAAUAAUCCUUUAAUUGUCCCACAAGGGGAAAUUUGGUUGUGUCAGCAGCAAUAAAAACACACAUAUAUGCAAAAAGAACAGGACACAGAACAGAAAACACAAUUUUUACAUAUUUAAGAUGAGAAAAGCAAUGUGAGGUUAUAACAGUAGAAGCUGCUGCAGUGCUGAUGUAAACCUCUAUGAUUGUUGGGUGACUACACAGAGGAAGAGGGUCGUCCUGUCAUGAUGCUUCUGUGUUUCCUCUGAAGGAGGUGUCAAGGAGGCGCUGCAGUGUCCUCCCAGGAAGCUGUAACCUUUUCUGGGCUGCAGUUGUCUGUGCGGCUGCAGGGGGCGCUGUGGAGCAGCUGUCAGGCUGCAGAACCUCAGGGGAAGACGGACGGCUGCCUGCUCACGCUUUUUGUGCUUUUUUUCGCUGGUUUAACGGAUAAAAACGCCUCGGUCACCAUGGCAACAGGCCGGCUGGUGGAGGUGUACCUGGACCUUCUAUCGCAGCCCUGCCGGGCGGUGCACAUCCUGCUCACCUGCACCAAAAUCCCGCACAGAGUGCGCGCCGUGGCGCUGCGGAAAGGAGAACAUCGGACUCCGACCUUCACCAAGCUGAACCCCAUGCAGAAGGUUCCUGUCAUGGUGGACGAAGGCUUUGUCCUCACAGAGAG